AUGCCUGCUUUCCAGAGCCCUAUCCAGAAAUCGAUGACUGAAGACGACUUCAAAACUGCCAUCGCGGCCGUGCGGGCUCUCAGUUCAAAGCUACCGCCAAAAGUAGUCAGGAAACCGUUAAAGAAAGGUCAAACCACUGACAAGACCCAGAAACAACGCGGAUCAAAGCCAACCUCACACCAGACGGCAGUGGCUAGUCAGAGUGCCAGCCCCACCAGAGCCAUCAAAGCAAAGUCUUACUGGAACAACCUGUUGACAUACGCCACCUUGUUCGAGAAUUCGUCCAAGGCUCAUGGGAUGGUCGUAGCCCACAUCAGACGGUCCAUGGAGAUGGCACUGGAGAUGGCGGAUGCGCCAGACACACCAAUUGUAGUGACAGAAGGUACAAUGGUUGUACUUACGUUAACCAGAAUCGGGAGAGACGUGCAGGUUCUUAUGUUAUAG